CUCGACAGGGGGAUGGGGUUCUGACACUCGCCUACAAGACCACGAACCCUAGGCUACUAACUUAGGCAACUCGAUUGGCCAGAUUCCACAUCCUGCGAACCAAGUUAGUGUAGAAAAGUCCAUCUCAGAUAGGCAGCUCAGUACAGGUAAGUAGCUGGUACUUAUUGGAGUUGAUCCAUCUCCCCUGUGGUUGCGCUCAGCUCCAGUCCAAGAUAACCUGUGGUGUCAAUCAACGCCGAGGGUGUAACAUCGAGUUUCACCUUCAAUUGGAUCUCCAAGAUCUCUUCAUCUUCACACAAGACUCGCCACCCGCGUCACACAGCAUCUUCUGCCGCUCAAAAUGAUUUCCUCCUCGUAUAUGAAUCUGUCAGUCUUGGUAGUCGUAACCAUCCUUGGAGGUUGGUCCUCCCUGGUGGUCUACCGCUUAUUUUUCCAUCCUCUGUCCAACAUCCCUGGACCCAAGCUAGCUGCUCUUUCACGACUCUAUGACUUCUACUAUGAUUGCAUUUUGCGAGGAAAAUUCAGCUUUAAGAUCGAGGAGUUGCACCAAAUAUAUGGACCUAUCGUUCGGAUCGGACCCAACGAGGUGCAUAUACGAGAUCCCGACUUCUUCGAUGAAUUCUACAACGUGACUAGCCGACUUGAUAAAGAUCCGUGGUAUUACGCCUUCAUCGCGUCGCAAGAUGCGGGCUUCGGAACGGCAAAUGUCGACCUCCACAAGGCGCGAAGGAAGGCCAUGAGUCGGUUCUUUGCUUCUUCGGCCAUUUCCAACCUGGAGUCAUCAUCGAGAGAGAAGGUGUUGAAGCUAUGCCAGCGGCUCGAAGAGAUGCGCAAGGACGGCAAACCUGUCAACUUGUCGAAUGCAUAUCGUUGUCUGGCAGCCGAUUCCGUGACCGACUACUGUUUGCCCAAAGGUUUCAACCUACUAGACUCGAUUGAUUUCGCCGACGACUACAACAAGCAGUCCCGCACCAUAUCAUACAUUGCCGUAUGGCACCGCCAUAUCCCAAUUAUCAUCCCGUUGUUCAUGCGCAUGCCGAAAUGGGUUAUGGAAAAGGCAUCCACGGAGGGUGGAAAGAUGGCCUUCGAAUUUCAAGCCGACUUGGCCCGUCAAGCUGCCGAAGUCGUGCAUAUGGAAAAGAGGAGUGACGACUCAGUGCUUGCUGGCAUUGUCAACUCGGACGCCAUACCUGACAGUGACAAGACUGUCGACCGCAUUACGCAGGAAGCGCGGACUCUUGUCGGUGCUGGGACUGAGACCACCGGAAUAUCUCUCGAGACCAUCACAUUCCAUGUUCUCUCCAACCCUGAUGUGCUUCGAAGACUGAAGGAAGAAUUGUCCAACACAGCAGAUGGAUCCAAAGGGUCCGGAAGUCGCUUGACCACUUACAAUGUAGUGCAACGCCUGCCAUAUCUCACAGCCGUCAUCAACGAAGGUCUGCGCCUUUCCAACGCCGUCUCCGGUCGACUCGCAAGGGUAAAUCCUCGAAGCGCGAAUAUAUAUAAAUCCUAUCAUCUACCGCCGGGUACUGUCGUUAGUAUGUCGAUCAAGGACAACCACACCUCCGAAGGCAUUUUUCCGGACGCUCUGUCCUUCAAGCCCGAACGGUGGUUGGCGGGAGGCGACGAGGUGAAAAGACUGGAAAAAUACUUUGUGCCGUUCGGCCGUGGUGGAAGGAGUUGUAUUGGAAAAGAGCUGGCACUCAUGAAUCUCUACUUGACGAUCGCAAGUUUCUUUCAUCGAUUCGACGCAGAGAUGUUUGAGACGAAGAGAAAGGACAUGGAGAUUGAGCAUGAUUUCUUUUCACCCUUUCCAGCAGCGGACUCCAAAGGUCUCAGAGUGGUGCUCAUGUGAGACGAUGGUCAUGCUUCAUGUAGCAAGCAGAAGCAUUUUGCGAGACAGGUCAGCGGUUCAGACAAUUCACCCAGACGACGAGACGACGAGACGACGACAUGCGAAGCCGGCCUAGUAGCCUAAGUAACGUGGCUGGCAUUCUAUCGGCUGCUCAGCAGAAGGGGGUAAUCGAGCGGCGGGUGGGUGGCAGGCCUAUUUAAGCC